CUCCUACGUCCUCCAUUCAAAAUACAAAUAAACGAAAGGUCGGGGGGGGGGGUCACUUUUAAAUCACACAGUUCCUCUGUAAAUAUGAUCAGAAACCAGCAACUCGAAUCUAUUCUGCAUUGUGAAAGUCCGCUCAGUUAAGUGUCAGUGUGUCUGACUAUGCGUGUGCGCGUCGUGGAUCUGCGCGCAUUCAAAUGUCUCCGUCGCUUUUCACGCAAGAAUAUUUAUUCAAGGACUGCUGGUGAGCCCAUGGAGAAGCCAGCGGCGUCAGCCAGGUUGGAGCUGGAGGAGAGAAGUGGCCAGGUGGAGGCGGAUGGCACAGAGAGUCUGCUGAGGGGGACAGAUGGCGGGGAGGUGACCCCUCAGCCUCAGACGCCACGGAGGACGAGCUCCACCCGCUCCUCCCGCAAGAGCUUUCGCCUGGACUACCGCUUGGAGGAGGAAGUAACAAAGUCUUGUCAGGACAAACAUGGCCGCUGGACCAACCCUUGGUCUACAUGGAAGUUUCCCUCCUAUUCAACCCUGCUCAGGUUCUUUUUUUUGGAGAAAAACCACAGCAAUGUGCCAACUAGUAAAGAGGCUUUAGACAGCGAGCUUCCGGUGUUGGUGCCCUACUUUGUUCAGAACUCGGACCUCAGACACCAAGUCGGCUCUGUCUCCGGUUCAGAUUGCGGUCCGGGUCUGAGAGUCACGUGGCUUGGUCACGCGACGGUUCUGGUAGAACUCGAUGGACUUCGCAUUUUGACAGAUCCCAUCUUCAGCCAGCGGGCCUCGCCGGUCCAGUUCAUGGGGCCGAAAAGGUACCGAGGGCCCCCCUGCACAGUGGAACAGCUGCCGAGGAUAGAUGCUGUUCUGAUCAGUCACUCUCAUUACGAUCAUCUGGACGCUGGAUCUGUGGCUAGCCUUAAUGCACGCUUUGGAGGGGAGCUACGCUGGUUCGUGCCCCUGGGUUUGAUGGACUGGCUGGUGAAGGCAGGCUGUGAGAAUGUGAUGGAAUUGGAUUGGUGGGAGGAGAACUGUGUCCCGGGUCACGAUGACAUCACGUUCGUCUGCACGCCUGCUCAGCACUGGAGCAAACGCACCCCGUUGGACGACAACAAGGUAUUAUGGAGCAGUUGGUCAGUUCUUGGUCCUGAUCAUCGAUUCUUCUUUGCUGGUGAUACCGGCUACUGCUCUUCCUUCCUGGAGAUCGGACGACGCUUUGGACCGUUUGAUCUCGCAGCCAUCCCGAUUGGCGCAUACCUGCCCAGGGAUGUGAUGCGAGGGCAGCAUGUCGACCCAGAGGAGGCUGUUCAGAUCCACCAAGAUGUUCAGGCCAAGAAGUCAUUAGCCAUUCACUGGGGGACCUUUGCGCUCGCAUAUGAGUAUUACUUGGAGCCCCCGGUUCGUCUCAGAGAGGCCCUGGAGCAGAAAGGAUUAAAGCUCGACUCUUUCUUCACGUUGCACCACGGGGAGUCACGCCUUAUUGCGUCACAGGAACAGGAAAUCUUUGUCUCACCAGAUCAAUGAGGUGUUUUGUUUUUUUAACACACAGUUGUUUCCUGAAAAUACUCAGGAAAGUGUUUCAUUUUUCAUUGCGUGUAAACAACAGAUUCCAGAUAUUACGUUGGCCAUAACAAGCCAAAAUGACAUACCAGUGAUACCGUAAUAUCCUCCACUACUAUGAGGCUUGAAUUAACUUAGUCCUAUUUGCUGUUUCUUUUUUUUCCCUUUUUUUUUGGUGGACUGAGUGAAUUUUUUCUGUUGCAAUAUUCAGAAUAUUUAGCUAAUCAUAUAUAUUACAGUAUAACGCUGCUUAUACUGUUCGAUUGUAAGUGUACUGAAUGUUUCUUACAGCGUUAGAUUGGACAGCACUAGAAUGUCCUUUGCUAAGUAACCAUACACACAAUGACUCGUGAGGAGAAAACACGGGAUACUUGUUUUAAUGUUUAUUCAAUCACAAGAUCUGAGGCAAAAUGAGAUAAAAUUAGAUCUUCUGUACUCGUGUCAGUACUUCCAAAGAUGCUUUUGUUGUUUGCUCUUUUUUUUCCAGUGCAGUGCUGUACUGUAAUGUAGCUAUAAUGGUGCAGUACCACAUGUCUGUCCCUGUUUUCUCUUCAGUUUAAUUCAGCAUGUGUACACUUGAAGGAUGCUGACAAGGUACCCAAACGUACUUCUUGCUGGCAGAACUGCCCUGUUUAUACUCCUCCAAACAAAUAGGAUUGUACUUUGGUGAAAGCCUAAGGAUUCUUUUUCCAGAAAACGAUCUUAACGGGUAUCAGGAGUUGUCUCGGUACAUGAAUAGACUUCACCCACUAUUACUUCGUUUUAUAUACACACACAUGGACACAUGCACAUGCUUUUAGACUUGAAUUAUGAGCACAUCUUUCCAAACGGUGCAUUUUAAACACUUUUAAGACCCCGGAGUUGCCUGCUGAUUUAUGAACCGUUACAAAGCCGUAAAGUUUGUUUGUUUUACUCCAUAGCCUCUCAAAACAGCACGAUAGACAAGUGGUGUCACAUUGAAACUCAUGGAUAAUGUAUUCAUCAACAUAAUGCAAGUCACUUUGUUCUCACUAGGCCACUGUAGGAUGCCCAGCUAUUGCGUUUGAAGCUCUCCACAGAAGUUGGGCUGGAUUCAACUUCAAACACUAAACAAGGUCAUGCUCCUCUACACGGUUUAAAACCACAGAAAAGCACCGCAAAGUGUGCCAGUGUUUAGCCACUUAGCCUGACCAUACCAAGGUACUUAGCGUUUUGCUCUUAUUUUAAGAUGUUUAUUGGAUGCCCUUAUCCAAUGGAAGUUAAAUUAGUUCAAAGGAAGAAUUGGCUAAAUGUUCAGUGUGUUCAGUAUUUCAAGCAACCAGGGGCAGAGGUCAAAGGUCACAACAUCAGUGCUCAACCAUCCAUCUACACAGGCAAAACCGUGAUUUAGCAGCUCUCAUUUCUUUUCUUUUUUUUUUCUUUUUCUUUUUAUGCCAAAUGUCUUCAGCCAGAGUAUGACGGGUGAAGAGGGUCAAAAGCAGAGGUUUAUCUUAUUUCUUUUUUUUCCCUCCCCAAUUGUACUUGGCCAAUUACCCCACUCUUCCGAGCCGUCCCGGUCGCUGCGCCACCCCCUCUGCCGAUCCGGGGAGGGCUGCAGAUGACCACAUGUCUCCUCCGAUACAUGUGGAGUCACCAGCCGCUUCUUUUUACCUGACAGUGAGGAGUUUCACCAGGGGGACGUUGCGUAUGGGAGGAUCACGCUAUUCCCCCUGUUCCCCCUCCUCCCCGAACAGGUGCCCCGAGUAACCAGAGGAGGCGCUAGUGCAGCGACCAGGACACACACCCACAUCCGGCUUCCCACCCGCAGACACAGCCAAUUGUGUCUGUAGGGACACCCGACCAAGCCGGAAGUUACACGGGGACUUGAACUGGCGAUCCCCAUGUUGGUAAGCAACAGAAUAGAUCGCCACGCCACCUAGACGGCCAGGUUUACCUUAUUUCUAUUGAACGAUCAGAGUUGACUGAUUUUCCUGAAAAAAAAAGUAGUAGUUUUUGCUUGAUUCCUAAUGCCAGUAGAGGACUUUUGUUUUGUUUGUUUGAGUUUUAAAAUAAGACGUUGGACUUAGUAUUGCUGUGUUUUAGAGUUGGGUCAAACAGUAUUUUCACAAAUACUUUUUUUUAGUGCUUUAGAUUUGGGUCAAACAGUAUUUUCACAAAUAUAUAUUUUUAGAGCUGGUUUUAAUAAGUCAUGUGCCAGGUAACUGGAGUUUACCACAAGUGAGAACACAAUCACUGCCAGGAAGUUAGAAACGCUUACCACUUAAGUUUACUUUGGUACGAUUUGACUGCGGACAUGAGACGAGAACUGUCCCAAAGUGCUAAACCCACAAAUUGCAAAGCGUUAAGUUAAAACAGUGCUAAAAGAUGUCUGUCAUGUUAACACAUUUUGCUCCUGGUCUGCCGUGCGAUAUUAACAUACCAUACUGGAUGGGUCCAGGCCCUUCCGUGUCCCUCCUGAGGUUUGAAAAAAAAAUCCAGCUGUUACGAUGUCUGAUACACUGCUUUACUUUUACUGUAAAGUCAGAUUUUUACAUCUGGCUGACUAAAAAAGAAUGUGUGGUAAAUACUGUAAGCCCCGUUGGACACAGUUUAAACCAAAUCAAUUAAAGUGAUGAUAGUGAAGUGAUCUAGUCUAGUCAUUUAUGGCAUAUCUACACUGUAAAAUGGUUUUCAUGCCAAAAGUUUUUUAAGACCGGCGUUGGCAGCCUUUUAAUUCUGUGUUUUAACUGGUCUACAUGUUGAUGAUGUUGGCAAUAAUAUCUCACACGUCAUCUUACAUUUUUGUGGGAUGAUGCACAUAUUCGUUCCUAGAUGAAUCUGGUCAGUGACUGGUUUAUUCUGUAUUUGAUUGAUGGAUUGCUGUUUUCCGCACUCUGUCUUGCUGGCUACCUGCCCUGUUUUCAAUGAAUGUAUGUAUAUCCUGUUAACCAAGUGCACAUUAUGUAAUGUACAGUAUAAUAUGUAUGCUAUGUGUUUGAGUAAAAUGACAUGAU